UAAGGUUUAUGGCAACCACCUUCAGUCUUGGAUUACGAGUUUAACAGCAGCUAGGAUGAAAGUAAAAAUUUUGAGCAUUGGACUAUUCGUCUUUUUUCAAAUACUGUCAAAUGUUUCUGCAGAGUCUACAUGUAAACUUAAAGCAAAAUUCAAUUUAAAUGGAUUUAAAAACACCGAAAAGAAAAAGGUGAUCGUUGGGGGAAUGUUUCCUAUACAUUACAGACUGGCCGCUUCAAACUCGUCAUCUACUUCAAUGCCGGUGUCUGUUUCUUGUGAGGGAUUCAAUUACAGGACGUUUCGGUGGGCACAGACCAUGAGAUUUGCCAUAGACGAGAUCAACAAAAGAGAGGACAUCCUUCCAAACACAGAACUGGGAUAUGUGAUCUAUGAUUCAUGCUUCACAAUCUCCAAAGCUGUGGAAGGAACCCUGACCUACCUGACAGGACAGGAUGAAGCUGUGCCCAACUACAGAUGCAGCUCAGGGGCUCCGUUAGCAGCCCUGCUAGGAACUGGGGGAUCUGCCCUUUCCAUUGCCACAGCCAGGAUCUUAGGGCUCUACUACUUCCCUCAGGUCAGCUACUGCUCCUCCUGUACGGUUCUGAGUGAUAAAUUCCAGUUCCCCUCUUUUCUUCGGACGAUCCCAAAUGAUGACUUCCAGUCCAAGGCCAUGGCGAACCUGGUUGUUUAUUUCGGGUGGACCUGGGUGGGAACCAUAGCAGCCGACGACGACUAUGGAAAAUACGGCAUCAAACUGUUCAAGGAAGAGGUGGAGAAGGCUGGGGUUUGCAUCUCCUUCUCUGAGACCCUUCCCAAGCUGUAUUCCAGAGAAACGAUCCUCAACAUAGUGGAAACCGUCAAGCGAUCUACAGCCAACAUCGUUGUCGUGUUCGCUGCUGACGUGGACCUGUCUCCACUGAUAGAAGAGCUCAUUAUCCACAACAUCACUGACAAAACCUGGAUAGCAAGUGAAGCCUGGGUUACAUCAGCUUUGAUCUCUAAACCAGAAUACUAUUCAGCUCUUGGAGGGACUCUAGGUUUUGCCAUUCGGAGAGCCCACAUUCCGAAUCUUAAAGAAUACCUCCUUAACAUAAACCCCUUUGACUCACCUGAUCCUUUAAUAGGUGAGUUUUGGCAGCAAGCUUUCAACUGUACACUGGAGGAUAUGCAUGCCGUUGAAAACAUGUAUACAGCCACAGUCAGUGGUAACAUGACUAACACAAGACUACACAGCAUUGACCCCAUUGCUAGCCAUCUGUGUACAGGGCUGGAAGAACUGGACAAAAUCAAUAACACAUAUUCUGAUGUCUCGCAGCUGAGAUUCACCUACAGUGUUUAUAAAUCAGUAUACACUGUGGCACAUGCUCUUCAUGACAUGGAGACAUGCAUCAAAGGAAAAGGGCCAUUCGUUGAUCAGACCUGUGCCAACAUUUCAGAUUUUGAACCCUGGCAGUUAAUGUAUUAUUUGAAGCACGUCAGAUUCACUGCUCUGGAUGACGAGGUCGUCUCCUUUAGUAACGAAGGUGACGUGACUGCAGUAUAUGAUAUCUUGAACUGGCAGAGGAACCCGGACGGGACCAUCUCAUACGUGGAAAUAGGACAUUACAACAGCACUGCACCUCCGGGCUCCGAGAUGACCAUUAACAAUGGUUCCAUUGUCUGGAUCAAUGACAAAGUUGAGGCUCCUCGUUCCGUGUGCAGUGAGAGCUGUCAGCCUGGUACCAGAAAGGGGAUACGUCAAGGGGAGCCUGUCUGCUGUUUCGACUGCAUUCCCUGCGCCGAUGGAGAAAUCUCCAAUGAAACAGAUUCAAGGGAAUGCAUUCAGUGUGGUGAAGAUUACUGGUCUAAUACGAAUAGGGAUGCCUGCGUGGCAAAGGAAAUUGAGUUUCUGGCGUACGACGAAGCCCUGGGAAUUACUUUAAUAGCUGUUUCAGCCUUUGGGGCCUGUAUUGCUAUUGCCGUGGCAAUCAUAUUCUUAGUCUAUAGAAACACUGCCCUGGUGAAAGCCAACGAUGCAGUGUUAAGCUUCUUCAUCCAGUUUUCGCUGGUCAUUACCUUCCUGAGCUCCAUCAUCUUCGUGGGCGAGCCAGUGAAGUGGUCCUGUAUGACCAGACAGGUGUCCCUCGCACUGGGGUUCUGCAUUUGCCUUUCCUGUAUCAUGGGAAAGACCAUUGUGUUAAUGUUUACCGCCAGGGCAGCGAAAUCGAAAAACCCAGAGAAAACCAACAGCGAGCCGAUCAGACCCAUCCACCAGAGGAUCAUUGCCCUUACUUGCAUUCUGAUCCAUGCUUGCGCAUGCACUGUGUGGCUGGUCCUUUACCCCCCUUACCCUGUGAAGAACACAGCGUCUCAGAACAUCAAGAUCCUUCUGGAGUGCGAUGAGGGCUCCAUCAUAUUCAUAUGUUGUAUCUUUGGCUAUGAUGUGCUGCUUGCCCUGCUGGGUUUUGUUUUUGCCUUCAUGGCCCGCAAACUUCCAGAUAAUUUUAACGAGGCCAAGUUUGUGACCUUUGGAAUGCUGGUGUUCUUUAUCGUCUGGAUUUCCUUUGUCCCCGCGUACUUGAGUACCAGGGGGAAAUUCAUGGUCGCUGUUGAGAUAUUUGCUAUUUUGGCCUCAAGUUUUGGCUUGCUGGCCUGCAUCUUUAUCCCUAAAUGUUACAUUAUCUUACUGAAACCAGAAAGAAACACAGAGGCUUUAGUGAGAAGUAAGCCCAAAAUGAAUGAUACGAGUGCACCAGGCACCUCAGCUUCCAUUACCAGUGAACUAAACAGCACGACCAUUUCUACUGUCUCCUUAGAUGAGUGAACCUGGUGUGCUGGUAAUCUCUCAGGCGAUGGUUCUUUGAAUCACAUUUAAGGGCUGAAAAUAGUGUAUGAUACUUAAAUAAAAUGAUAUAAUCCCAAUUUCAAAUAAUUGUAACUGUGCUUUAAAAAAAUUAAAUUUAAAGAAGUAAGGUGUAAUAUGUGUAAACUAUUUUUAAUUGCUAUUACUGCUUCUAAUUUAAAUAGUAAUUAUGAAUGCAUGGGUUUUAUAUCUGUCAAUCAAUCAAUAUUCGUUAUCUAUUUAUCUAUCUAUCUAUCUAUCUAUCCAUAUGAUAAUUUACCAGUCUUUGUUGUUUUUUUUUUGUUUGUUUUAAAUGUCCCUUAGGAAAUUGAGUUAACUUUUAAAUAAGCUAGUACUGUAUGUCACUGUAUAUGAUUGCAAAUGUAAAAUUGGAAGGAAUAAAGAUUAUAUUUAUCUUAAUUUAAAAAAAUUCUAUGUGGAAAAAAAUCUAAUUUGUACAAUGCGCUUAUCUGUUUGAACUUCACUGAAAAUAAAGCAGAUUCUUAUAUUCAUGUACUUGUUUAAAAAAAUAGUGUCAGAAUAAACUGGUUAUGGG